GGCAUCACUCCCUUGAACACCAGGAUAGUUGGAGGAGAAGAUGCUCCACCUGGAAGUUGGCCUUGGCAGACUAGUCUGCAGAUGUUUGGCGGCCAUUUUUGUGGUGGUUCCCUCAUUAACAGAGAGUGGGUGAUGACUGCUGCUCACUGCUUCUCCAGCACAAGUACGUCUGGCUUGCAAGUUUCUCUCGGCCGUCAGAACCUGCAGGGCACAAACCCAAACGAAGAGUCCAGAAGUGUUUCCAGAAUCAUUUUGCAUCCAAACUAUGACAGCGACAGCAGCAACAACGACAUUGCUCUACUCAGACUCUCGUCACCAGUGAAAUUCACUGACCACAUCAGACCUGUGUGUCUGGCAGCCAGUGACAGUGUGUUCAACAACGGUACAGAUAGCUGGGUCACUGGCUGGGGCAACGUCAAGGAGGGAGUGUCAUUAUCGUUCCCUGAAACUCUACAAGAAGUGGAGGUUCCAGUUUUGGGCAACAGACAGUGUAACUGUCUCAAUGGAGUCGGUACAGUCAACGACAACAUGAUUUGUGCUGGUGUUCUGGCAGGAGGCAAAGACUCAUGUCAGGGUGACUCAGGAGGUCCAAUGGUGAACAAACAGGGCUCCGUCUGGGUCCAGUCUGGAGUAGUUAGUUUUGGUUUUGGUUGUGCUCGGCCCAAUCUGCCAGGAGUAUACUCCAGAGUUUCCCGUUACCAGUCCUGGAUCAACUCCAUCAUCGGCUCUGAUAGGCCAGGAUUCGUCCAGUUCACCUCCAGUGGACUGGAUGCUGACAGCAGCUACACCUGUCCUGGUCUCCCCACAAUACCUGAUUUGACCAUGUCAAGUGCUUCCCCAACAACUGUAUCUACAACAACGCCAAUUAGCUUAGUGACUCCUACAAUGUGUGGCAAAGCUACAUUAAACAGUCGUGCUGUGGGCGACAGCAGUGUUGUUUUUGGAGGAUUGUGGCCCUGGAUGGUGAGCCUCCACAAAAACGGGGUUUUUACAUGUGGAGGAACCCUCAUCGCUGAUAAGUUUGUCCUCACCUCCGGCCAGUGCUUCUCCACCUCCAGUUCAAAUGUUCUCGAGUGGAGAGUGUUUCUUGGCCAGCGACUUGUGGGCAGUUCUGAAGAGUUUGAGAUGUCUGUGGGUGUUGUGAAUAUUAUCCUGAGUAAAUUUACAGGCUUUAACAUCGCUGUACUACAGCUGGAGAAACCCGUCAGCUUCACAGAUUAUAUCCAGCCUGUGUGUCUGGAUAGCAACAAUGACAGAUCCUUCCCCGUUGGUAGUCAAUGCUGGGUGCCAGGCUGGGGGAUGGGCAGUAAGAAUGGAGGUGCUGACAAAGCUGGCUCAAGUCUGCGAGACCUUGAAACUCAAGUGGUAAACUGUGGGAGCGUUUCUGAUUCGGACAACAUUUGCACUUAUGCCAUAGACCUUCAAGAGGGGGAUCAGGGCAGCCCUCUGCUCUGCAAAUCAGACUCCUCUUGGUUCCAGGCGGCCGUUGUCACAAUAAGUGGGAAUAAAUCCGUGCGGGCAGAUAUUCAGUCAUUUGCCAAAACCUCAAGAUUCGGGUCAUUCUUAAAGGAGACAGUUGGUGAUAUGCCAUCUCCUGCAGCGUCUACAACAGCAAAUGCAGCAGAAAAAGCAUUUUCCUUUCUCUUUAGUUUUGCUGUUGUUAUUACCUCCAUGUUCCUGUUGUAA